AUGUCGUUUGCGGGCAUGGUGACCCCGCGGGGCCUCGCCGCGACGCUGGGCCUGGCGAUCUCGACGCCGUCGCCCAUCGCGGGGACCCCGCGGGCCCGCGCGGAGGUCGCGCCGUCGCCGCACGAGGUGGAGUUGGCCGGGCCAGAGCAGCUGGCGGACCUGCGCGUCCUGGUGGCGUCCUGCUUGUCCAAGCACAUGUACGAGGCGGCGCACUUCUUCGCAGACAAGUUCCACACGCUGUCCGGGAACGACCCCGCCGCCGCGCACCUCCUCGGCCACGCCCUCAUGGCUGCGGGCGAGCACCGGCGCGCGCUGGCCGUCAUGGCAGGCGCAGGGCUGAUCCACGGACCGAAGGCGGACGUCCGCGUCCAGCACUUGGCGGGGCUCUGCCUGGGGCACCUGUCCCGGUGGGAGGAGGUCCUGGGCGUGAUUGGCGACGGCGAAGAUGCCGCCGCGGAUGGCCGGCUGCAGGAGGAGUGUCGGCGAGCCGACGCCGCGGAGGCUGCGGCCACGGGCACGACCGCCCCGCCCCCCGCCGGAACACCCCCCCUGCUGUCAGGAAUACGCCUCUACUCCGCGAUCUGCCUGCUGCGCGGGCGCGCGUACGACGCGCGGAACAGCCCCGAGCGCGCCGCGCGGUGGCUCAAGGCCGCGGUGAGGGUCGACACCAGGAAUUUCGACGCUCUGUCGCACUUGUUGCGCGGGCACUUCUUGUCGGCCCAGGAGGAACAGGAACUGCUGUCAGGGGGGGAGUUCCCGCUGGCCAUGCGCUGGCUGCAGCCGCUGUACCGGAGCAUGUGCAAGAUGAACGGACAGGAGGACACGAUCGAGAGGCAGCUGGCGGAGCUCGAGGGCGCAGAUGCCGCGCAGGUGGAGGCCGACACCGUAGCACAGUCGCGGCCCGGGCAGCUCACGCCCGAGGGAACCGUGCAGCCGAUGACGUCCCUGCACCUCACUACGCCCCCGCGCAUCGUUCCCGCGCCCGCAACGCCGCAAGACGGCGCCUCUGGGCCGAUGGCGAUCUCCACGGGCGACGCGACGCCCAUGCUGGCGGCAGAGGUGCCGGCGGCGGGCGCGGAGAGCGCGGCGGGCGCGCACGGAGGCGGACGCGGCGCGAGCGACGCGGCGGGGCCAAUGACGCGGUCGCGCAUGCGUCGGAUCCACACCGGCGAGCAGGACGCCGACGUUCCAAUGCCCGAGGCGCACCGUGCGGGGGGGGGAGUCGCUGACCGGAGCUCCCCCGGGGGACUGCUCCCCGGGAAUCCCGACGUACUGGCGUGUCGGGCGGAGUGGAUGGGCCACCAGGGGCGAGCGAGGGAGGCCCGCGACGCUACGACGCGCGCGCUGGCGGCGGACCCGGGGCACAGGCGCGCGGCGGAGGUGCACAUCGCCGCGUGCGUCGCACUGCACUUGAAGCAAGAGCUGUUCGAGCUCGCGCACCGCCUGGUCGCCGAGGCGCCGGACGACCCCCUCUCGUGGUAUGCCGUGGGCUGCUACUACCUGUGCUCCGGGCAGCCCACCCUGGCCCGCCAGCACCUCCACCGCGCGACAAGCAUGCCCGGAGCGGCUCGCUUCGCCGCGGCCUGGAUUGCCUACGGCCACGCGUACUCCGCACUGGACGAGGCCGACCAGGCGCUCGCGGCGUACCGCACUGCGGCGCGGCGCUUCCGCGGCCUGCACAUCCCGGUGCUCGGGAUCGCAGCGGAGUACCAGAAGACUUCGAACCUCGACUUGGCGUUGGAAGUCUUGUCUGACGCGCGCGACCUGUGCAAGAGCGACCCGCUGGUGUGGAACGAGCUCGCAGCGGUGUACCUGCGCCGGAACGAGACGCGGCUGGCGCUGGACUGCGCGCGGAAGGCGAUGGAGCUGCUACCCCAGCAGGCCACGCCCGACAUGCGGGCGCCGCUGUGCGUCAACUUGGGCCACGCGCUGCGGCGGGAAUGCGACCUGGAGGGCGCGAUGCGGGCGUACAGGGAGGCGCACGCGCUGGCGCCGGAGGACCCGGGCGCGGCGUGCGGCGUGGCGGUGGUGCACCACGCGAGGGGGGAGUUAAAGGAUGCCGUGGACUGGUACCACCGCGUGCUGAUGCGGCGGCCGAAGGACGAGUUCGCGAAGGAGAUGCUCGACGAGGCCGUGCGGGACUCGGCGCGCGAGCUCUGGGUGAUGUGA